UACCUAGUGUUGCUUUAACAGUAGAGCACGCACUUGCGUGUACAAAUUAUUCCCUCUCGGCUACCGUAGCGAAUUCUGACGCCAUCGUUGAUUCAGUGUAGUUAUUCGAGCAUGGCUACCAGUAAAGGAGGAAAACAGAGAAUUUCAGGCAGAAAAGGUGGCUGCGAGCAAGAUGAAGAAGAGCCCCAGCUGCAGGCCGUUUUGGUCGCUGACAGUUUCAACCGCAAGUUUUUCCCUGUGACAAAAGAUCAGCCACGGGCUUUGUUGCCACUAUGUAAUGUUGCUAUUAUCGACUACACUUUGGAGUUCCUCACUUCUACGGGAGUCCAGGAAACGUUUGUGUUUUGCUGUUGGAUGGCUGGACAAAUUAAGGAACACUUACAGAAGUCUAAAUGGUGUCGACCGACCUCUCCGAAUACAGUACACAUCAUUACCUCAGACCUGUACAGAUCCCUAGGAGACGUGCUCAGGGACGUGGAUGCAAAGUCUCUUGUACGAUCAGAUUUCUUGUUGGUGUAUGGAGAUGUGGUGUCCAAUAUUGACAUCAGCCAGGCACUGCUGGAACACAGGCAGCGCCGAAAGAUUGAUAAGAACAUCUCCGUGAUGACAAUGCUCUUUAAGGAAUCGUCGCCGGGUCACAAGUCUCGAUGUGAGGAAGACGAUGUGAUCGUUGCUAUGGACAGCAAGAGUCAGAGAGUUUUACACUACCAGAAGACACAGACCUUAAAGAAGCUUCAUUUUCCCAUGAACAUUUUCCACAGUGGAAGCGAAGAGUUUGAAAUCAGACACGAUCUCCUUGACUGCCACAUCAGUAUCUGCUCACCACAGGUUGCCGAGCUCUUCACAGAUAAUUUUGAUUAUCAAACAAGGAAUGACUUUGUGAGGGGGAUUUUGGUCAAUGAAGAGAUCCUGGGAAAUCAGAUACACAUGCAUGUCAGCCGCGAUGGUUAUGGUGCUCGAGUCUCCAACUUGCUCAUGUACGAUUCGGUUUCGUCUGAUUUGGUGAGGCGUUGGGUCUACCCUCUCACACCCGAGACUAAUUUUACGGACCAGAAAAAAUGGAGCUACAUUUACUCCUGCCACAAUGUCUACCGUGGGUCAGGGGUCAGCCUUGGCCACCGCAGCCAGAUGGAGGAGAAUGUACUCAUUGGCUGUGACACCAGCAUUGGGACCAACUGUUACAUCUCCAACACUGUCAUCGGUAACAACUGCUUCAUAGGUGACAAUGUAACUCUGGACCACGCCUACAUCUGGAACAAUGUUCAAAUUGGGUGUAAUGUGGUGAUUAGUCAUUCUGUAGUCUGUGACAAGGCUGAAGUCAAAGAAGGCGUCAUUCUUAAUAAACAGUGCGUCCUGGCGUACAAUGUGGUGAUUGGGCCACAUAUCUCUGUGCCUGAGGGCACUGUGGUCUCUAUGCAUUAUCCAGCAGAAGAGGAUGAAGAUGACGACGAAUUUCUUAGUGAUGACACAACAGUGGGACAGAGCAAAGACAAAAUCAAACAGAAAGCGUUUGACCCUGCUGUAGUUGGAGCAGAGGGACAGGGAUACAUCUGGAAAGCCAGCAGCCUGGACGACACCGAUGAUGAAGAGUUGUCACAUUGCCUCUGGGGCUUGACCUUAAACCACUGUAUAGACAGCGAAAGUGAGGACAGCGAACCCGAUGGUCCUGAUGAUCCAGUGAUUCCCUCCCCUGAAUUGGAUGACGCUAAAGUGUUCCAAAGAGAGGUGCUGGGUACACUACAAAGAGGCUUGGAUGAGAAUAUCAGCUGUGACCACCUUGUGCUUGAAAUCAACUCACUCAAAUAUGCCUACAACAUAACUCUGCAGGAAGUGAUGCAAAUAUUGACUGGAGUGUUGUUGGAUCUCCCGUUUCAGCAUCAUAGCUCACAACUCACCGCCUCGCAAUAUGUUGCUGUUCUUCUGCCGUUAUUAGAGAAAUGGGCACCUGUGUUUAAGAAUUACGUGAAGAGAUCACAGGACCAGCUUGACUGCCUAUCCGCUUUUGAGGAACACUUCCUGGAGCAUGAUAGUCACUGGGCUGCCAUGUGCAAGAUUCUUAUGACUAUGUACCAACUGGAGAUCCUGGAGGAAGAGAUGAUCCUACGCUGGUUCACUCAUAAUGUCACAUCUGACGAGAGUAAAAAGCUACGCAAAAACCAAGGGCUCCAGAAGUUCAUCCAGUGGCUGAGGGAGGCUGAAGAAUCAUCAGACGAGAACGGGGAAUAAGCAGCAAUUUUAAAUAGCCAAAAGUACACUAGGACAAACUUGACAUUGAACCACACCUACGCCUCCAUUGUUAUCUAUUCUGUACAACUGACAUGCAUCUCGAACUUGUGAAUGCUGUGAAUGGAACAAGCUUUCGGAUUGUGUGUGUGUGUGCGUAGAUGAAAUUACAACGACCACACCACUGUUUAUAACCUUUUUAACAUAAACCAACCACACCUCAUUAACCACUUCAAACAAUCUGAGAGGUAGCACAUUAAAUGAAUUACAUUCUAUCCAGUAAAAAAAUAAAAUAUGUAAAAUAUGAAGGUAAAUAAUGUUCAUCUCUCAUUUGCUGUUGAUGAAACCUUUAUCCACAGUACAUACAGUGGGGAGAACAAGUAUUUGAUACACUGCCGAUUUUGCAGGUUUUCUCACUUGUAAGCCAUGUAGAGGUCUGUAAUUUGUAUCAUAAGUUCUCUUCAACUGUGAGGGACGGAAUCUAAUACAAAAAUCCAGAAAAUCACAUUGUAUAAUUUUUAAAUAAUAAAAUUGUAUCUAACUGCAUGAAUAAGUAUUUGAUACAUUACCAACUAGUAAAUAUAUCGGCUCUCAGUUCUUUUUUAAGAACCCCUCCUGUUCUCCACUCAUUACCAGAAGUAACUGCACCUGUUUGAACUUGUUACCUGUAUAAAAGACACCUGUUCACAUGCUCAAACAAACUCCAACCUCUCCACAAUGGCCAAGACCAAAGAGCUGUGUAAGGACAUCAGGGAUAAAAUAAUAGAACUGCACAAGGCUGGGAAGGGCUACAGGACAUCUGAAGUUUGCCACUGACCAUCUGUAUGAUCCAGAGGAGCAGUGGGAGAAGGUCAUGUGGUCGGAUGAGACCAAAAUGGAACUUUUUGGUCUAAACUCAGCUCGUCGUGUUUGGAGGAAAAAGAAGGAUGAGUACAACCCGAAGAACACCAUCCCAACCGUGAAACAUGAAGGAGGAAACAUCUUUUGGGGCUGCUUCUCUGCCAAGGGUACAGGACGACUGCACCGUAUUGAGGGGAGGAUGGAUGGGGCUAUGUAUCGCCAGAUCUUGGCUGACAACCUCCUUCCUUCAGUGAGAGCCCUGAAGAUGGGUCGUGGCUGGGUCUUCCAGCAUGACAACGACCCAAAGCACACAGCCAAGGCAACUAAAGAGUGGCUUUGUAAGAAGCAUCUUAAGGUCCUGGAGUGGCCUAGCCAUUCACCAGAUCUGAACACGAUAGAAAAUCUAUGGAGGGUGUUGAUAGUCCGUGCUGCCCGGCAGCAGCCCCGAAACCUGAAGGCUCUGGAGAAGAACUGCAUGGAGGAGUGGGCCAAAAUCCCUGCUGCAGUGUGUGCAAACCUUGUCAAGGAUUACAGGAAACGUUUGGUAUCUGUAAUAGCAAACAAAGGUUUCUGUACCAAAUAUUAAGUUAGAUUUUUGUGAUGUAUUAAAUACUUAUUUCAUGCAAUUAAAUGCAAAUUUAUUAUUUAAAAAUCAUACGUGAUUUUCUGUUUUUUUUUUGUAUUAGAUUUUGUCCCUCACAGUUGAAGAGAACUUAUGAUACAAAUUACAGACCUCUAGAUGCUUUGCAAGUGGGAAAACCAGCAAAAUCGGCAGUGUAUCAAAUACUUGCUCUCCCCACUGUAACUGCAAACAUUUCUAAAUGAUUAAAAUGUACAGCAUGUUGGCUCAAAUAAGGUCCUAAAUGAUACAAAAGAAACAUUCACAUGGUCAUUGAAGGAUUUAUGAACUGAAUUGAAUCCACAAGGGGAUGGCCAUGAUUGAAAACCAUGAAUCUAUGUGAAAUUAAUGGAGUCAUCAAGUAUCGGGACACUGAAAAGAACAAGCGUUGGUCCAACGCUAUAUUUUUGUCAUGUUAGUAGAAUUGUCCAAUCAUUCAGAAGCAUAGCUCACACUCUAGUGUGAAUUUCCUUAAAAUGAAGAUCUAAGAUACAGUAACUAAUUGAUAAAGAGAUGCAACUUGCACAUUUUUAAUCGAGUCAUAGAAAUCAAGGGCCGGCCAGAAUGGGUUGUUUUCUGUUAAUUGCCCUCAUUUGAAGGAGGAGAAAGCUCUGCUGGGCUCAGUAACAGAGAACACAAAACGUUGGAGCAGUGUUACAUCAUCCCCAAAAGUGAUAAUACAAAAAUACCUUAAGACUAAAAAGGACUUUUUAAAAAAAUUUUUAAAAAAAAAUUUUUUUUUUUAAGUAUUGUCGUGAAGCUACAGUUAGAUUAUUUCACUGGAAAGAGAAAAGACCUUUUUGUAAAAGCUGGAUUUUCAACAAAAGUAUUAUUUAAAACAUUAUUUCUGGUUAUUUGUACAGUAAUAAAGACGGCGAUUUGUUCAAGGAUUAUUCGCUGAUACCGAAGACAUUUUUUUUAAAUCCUAAUUUCAUUCCAGUUUUUUACAUUAUUGCUCUAUUAUUUUAGGAAUAAUGAAGCGUGUUGACUAACCUCAGAGAAUUUCAAUUUGUGUCCUUCGAUAUAUAGCUUUUUAAAAAUAAUAAUAAUAAUAAUAAAAGGGAAUUUUCUUUCCAGACGGAGGAGGAACACUUUAAAUACAGUAUGUGUAUUUAUGUAUGUAUGUGUUUAUACAGUAGUUGAUGAGGCAUCUUUGAGUGAACUUCGAGUAUAUCGAAUCUUGAGGCCGGGCCGAGUGCCCUCUUUUUUUGGAAAUCAAAAUAUUUCUAGUAUAUACUGUAACUGACGUCACAGUUGUCACACAAUGGCAGGGCUAAUGAGUUCAUUUUCUGUAUUAUGGUGUUAUUAUGGUAUUAUUGGUGAAUACUUUUAGCAACAGCUAACGUGAAGGACAUUUAUACUAGGUGCGGUCUUCUCCUUUAAGAAAUACAAAUGUGAAACAAACUUGAGUCCAGAAUAAGCUAGCCAUCUAUUAAGAUCUAUUAUCUCGUUUUCCCAGAGUGUCACAAAUAACACCAGCGAGUAAAGAGGCGCCAAUGAUGCCCGAAACGGUCGUUAGCAUCUUCCACAUACUAGCUGAUUGCUCGUGCCGCUCGAUGUAGCUCUUGUAGUCAGUGGGAAUGAAAAGGUACUUCCGGCCGUCCUUUGGGGGCCUCAGCCUCCCGUGACCAUCUUCCAGAACCACCUCCCCAAACACUGUCAGGUUGCUCCCCACCCGUAGCAUCUCUUCGCUUUCCUCCAUUGCCACCGCUCGCUCACCACUGAUGCCCUGCAAGACUACGUUCACCAAGCCCUCUUCUGCUCGUCUUACUCUGUGGUAAACCCUCUCCAGAAAAUACCCCGAGCCCUGUGAGGAGUCUUGCACUUGCACGUGGAAGUCAGAGAUGUAGGAGCCAGGAGAGAUAAGAGAAAAGGGCACAGAGUUGUUGGUUUCUCUCCUGUUGGUAGGCCGGGAGCUCCUGAAGAUAAUAGUAAUGUUAUCAGACAGUACAUCUUCACAAGUUGAAAUAAUGAGUUAGAUGGAAUUUGAACAUACUAGGGCUGCAGCUAUCGAUUAUUUCAGUAGUCGAUUAAUCGAUUUACUAGUUUGUCGAAUAAUCGAGUAAUCGGAUAAGAAACAUGAAAAAUGAAAAUACCUGAGCUGAGCCUCAAACGGUAUAAAAAUAAAUAAGGGUCUAUGUUUGACAAAAGAACAAUUGGCUAACUUACAUAGCAAAAGUCCGCUAGCUUAAAUGCUAUAAAAUGCUAACGUUUUUUUUUUUUUUUUAACAAUGCUCUUAACAAAUGGUUCAGACACAUAUUCCCACAAAAAACAGCUAAAUAUACUGAUAAACAAAAUUAUGAAUGCAUUUAAAAAAAAAAAACAAUAGCUCAAACAAAAUCUUAGCUUAUGUCUUAACAUGGAGCAGCUGGAUUCACCAAUGUAAAAUACAGCAGACUAGAGGGCAGUGUAUCCACUCAAAUCAAUAAAACGGAAUGCAAACACUUUCAAAAUAAACCAUUACAACGCCACAGUAAUCAAACGAAUACUCGAAUCAACAAAAUUUAAUUCGAAUCUUUUUUUCUAAUCGAAUACUCGAGUUAAUCGAUUAAUCGUUGCAGCACUAGAACAUACCAUGUUUUAGAACUGGGAUUCCAGUAUUCCCCAUGUUCCGCAACCUUUAUCUUCUGUAUCACACCAUAGCAUCUUGGGACAAAUUGGCUGCCAAGUGGCUUUUCAUCUGACUCAACCAAACCUUGAAAACAUAAAACAACCAAUCAGUUAAAGUUCAAGUCAAAAUAAUCAGUAAUAAAUUAAAAAAGGAUAACUAAAUUUCAUUUUAUAAAAGGGGGUAAUAAGAGCAACAUUAGUCAGGAAACACUACGGAAGUAGCCAUUUUUACCUUCUACUGCGACAUAUUGCAGCCUCUUGUGAGGAGAUGAAUGUAGCACCAUGGCCAAGUGGUGAUCUGGUCGGAAUACUGGUAUCUGCUAAAAGUGAAAUAAAUAAAUCAGUCACACCCAAGUCUGGUGCUCUGGCUCCCUUUCUUUAGACACGUAAAAAAUCUUGGAGUAAUAUUUGAUAACGGGCUCAACUUUGAAAAACGGAUUAGUUUUGUUGUAAGAGCAAGUUUUCUCCAGCCCUGCCUCUUGGCCAAAGUGAAGUCUUAGCUGCCAUGACAUUAAAAAGUAAUUCAUGCCGUUAUUAGCUCAAAGCUGGACUACUGCAAUGUACUUUAUUUUGGUCUCUUAAGUCCUCUAUUUCGCAUCAGCAACUUGCUCAGAAUGCUGCUGCUCGAUUUUUACUCGGU